GGGAGCCUCUGUACCAUGUCCUAUCCUCAGUUUGGCUACCCUUACUCCUCAGCACCCCAGUUCCUGAUGAGCACCAACUCCCUGACGACCUGCUGCGAGACCAGCAGCCGGACGCUGGCUGAGACGGGGGCGGCCGCCUCCGCCCAGACCCCCGUGUACUGCCCGGUGUACGAGAGCCGCCUGCUCGCUACAGCCCGACACGAGCUCAACUCCGCCGCCGCCCUGGGGGUCUACGGCGGACCCUACGCCGGGCCCCAGGGCUAUGGAAACUACGUGACCUACGGUACCGAGGCUCCCGCCUUCUACUCCUUGAACAGUUUGGAUGCGAAGGACGGGAGCGGCUCUGCGCAUGCGGGCAUCGCCCCGGCGGCUGCCUACUACCCCUACGAUCACACCCUCAGCCAGUACCAGUACGACAGGUACGGGACGAUGGACGGUGGGACGCGGAGAAAAAACGCCACCCGAGAGACGACCAGCACGCUGAAGGCCUGGCUGCAGGAGCACCGCAAGAACCCCUACCCCACUAAGGGCGAGAAGAUCAUGCUGGCCAUCAUCACCAAGAUGACCCUCACCCAGGUCUCCACCUGGUUCGCCAACGCCCGCCGGCGGCUCAAGAAGGAGAACAAGAUGACCUGGCCCCCGCGGAACAAGUGCUCUGACGAGAAGCGGCCCUAUGAGGAAGAGGACGAGGAGGAGGAGGAGGGUUCGCAGGAAGAGGCGAUGAAGAGCGGGAAAGCCGAGGAACCCACGGGCAAGGAGGAGAAGGAGCUGGAGCUCAGCGACCUGGAGGACUUGGACGCCGCCGAGUCGGAGAGCUCGGAGUGCGAGCUGAGGCGGCCCUUCCCGCACCCGCUCCCGCAUCCGCACCCGCUCCCGCUCCCGGGCGGCAGCCACCCGCCGCGGGCCGCAGAGCUCCCCGCCAAGAUGCCGCCGCCGGCUGCCUCCGGGGAGGAAGAGGAGGAGGAGGAGGAGGAGGCGGCGGUGGCAGAGCGGGCGCGGAGCUGCCUGAAGACGGCGGCGGAGGAGUGCGGCCCCGACCCGCUGGGCGCUCGGCAGCGCGGCUGCGAGUCCAAGAUGUGCUUCCAGCAGGGGCAGCAGCUGCUGGAGGCGAAGCCCAGGAUUUGGUCCCUGGCGCACACUGCCACCUCCCUCAACCAGGCCGAGUACCCCUCCUGCAUGCUGAAAAGGCCGGGGGGCUCGGCCGCCGCCGCCGCUCCCGCCCCGGUCAGCGUCAUCGACAGGCACCAGGAUUCGCCGGUCACCAACCUCAGGAACUGGGUGGACGGGGUGUUUCACGACCCCCUGUUCAGGCACAGUACUUUAAACCAAGCCCUGAGCAACACAACAGUUUCCUGGGCUACCACCAAAGGAGCCAUUCUGGAAACGGGCGCCUUGGGACGCGCGGUGGGGAACGGCGCCAAUGUGCUCAAGGGGCAGCUCUCAAACCUGGCCCACCAUGACUCAAACAAAGAGUUUCUGGCGUUUCCCAAAUCAGGAAGCAAAAUGUUUUGUUCCUAACAGGCCCGCCGAGGGGCAAAGGACUUUCUAACGCUUGAAGAGUCAGCUACACUGAAAAGAGACUUGCAAGAGUUUAAAUUUAAAUAUAAAACUUUUUCUUCCUUUUUUUUUUUUUUUAACAAACAACAUAAACGAGGAUUUAAAGUUCAGUUUGCUCAGUUCAACGGAAAGACUUUGCUCAUUGCUGUUCUGAACAUUUUCUCCUGGCUGCGACUUUAAGGGAUCAAUGUCGUGAAAGUUAUUUAAUUCCAUGUCCAAAAAGCACGUACUAUAGUGUAGACCUACUUAUAAAGUUUACAUCCGAAAGUUUACAAACGGGAAAUUUUAAUUCAGAUUUAAUUUAAGGCAUGCCGAUAUUAGUUAUAAAGACUUUUCGAGAGUUUUUCCUCCUGAUUUCCUUGUUAGCAUAUAAUUCACAAACAGCACUUCUACUAAGUUUACACCUACUGCACAAAUUUAUCUUGACAAAAAAAAAAAAAAAAGAAUAUGUUAAAAGGUAUGCUCACUCCAAUAAAUUGUCUGUUUCAGAGGUAA